CCCGGCAGCGGUGGCGGGGCUGGGGCCUGGACCCGCACCGGAGGCUGCCAUGGCCACGAUUCUCACCUCCACGCCUGCGAGCGGGAGCAGCGCUGCCUCCGGCCGUCCUGCCUCCUUCUUGCCGCCGAGCCCGACGCGUCUGAGCCGGCUGCAGGAGAAGGAGGAGCUGCAGCACCUUAAUGACCGCCUGGCCGCCUACAUCGAGCGGGUGCGGGCGCUGGAGGCCGAUAACUCGGCGCUGCAACUGGAGUUGGCCGAGUGGGAGGAGGGCAGCGACCGGGAGCGGAGCUGCUUGCGGCUCCACUAUGAGACGGAGCUGGCUGACGCCCGCCGGGCGCUGGACGAAGUCGCCAUGGAGCGGGCCACGCUGCAGGUGGAGCUGGGCAAGAUCGGCGAGGAGCACCGGCAGCUGCACAGCAGGAAUUCAAAAAAAGAAGCAGAUUUAAGCCUGGCACAAGCUCGUUUGAAAGACCUUGAUGCGCAGCUGAAUGCAAAGGAAGCUGACUUGGCAAUAGCUUUGAGUGAGAACCAGACUUUGGAGAGUGACCUUCGUGAAGUGAAGGAUCAAGUAACCAGUCUGGAGCUGUCACUGGAAGAUACCAAAAAGCAUCUCCACAGUGAAAUGUUGAGGAGAGCGGACCUAGAAAAUCAUGUGAAAGCUUUGCAAGAAGAAAUGACAUUCCAGAAGGUCCUUCAUGAAGAUGAACUCAAGGAGGCAAAAAGAGACCAUGAGAGCAAGACAGCACAAAUUCUAUCUGACCGCCAGAGAGAAUUUGAGAGCAAGUUCUUGGAUGUGCUGCAGGGGAUCAGAAAACUGCAUGAAGAACAAGUUCAAGGAUACAAAGAGGAGAUGGAGAGAACAUUCAAUGCGAAAAUAGAGAAUGCCCAAGAAAUUGCAGCAAGAAAUAGUGACUUGGCCAAAGCUUCUCGGGAGGAGCUGACGGACUCAAUGCUGAGAGUUGAUACGCUGACAUCUCAACUUACUCGUUAUCAAAGCCAGAAUAUUGCUUUGGAGAACAGAAUAAAGGAGCUUCAGGGGAUGAUUGAUCAUGAUCGUGAUGUCCAUCUGAGGCGCAUGUCUGAAAAAGAGAGAGAACUGGCAAAAGCCCAGCAGCAGGCCCAAGAGCAGUUGGAAGAAUAUGAGCAUCUCUUAGAUGUGAAACUGGCUCUAGAUCUGGAAAUAAAUGCCUAUAGAAAGAUGCUGGAAGGAGAGGAACAGAGGCUAAAGCUGUCACCCAGUCCACCUUCACGCAGCACAGCAAGCCAAGCAACAAGUCAAGGUCGACGGUUCCUGCAGGGGAAAAAAAGGAAGAGAGGGCAUAGUGUUGGAUUUAAGACUGUUCAGCAUGCUUCAUCUUCUGGAAAAGUAUCUAUUGAAGAAAUUGAUGAGGAUGGAAAAUUUGUCAGACUUAAAAACAACUCUGAUGAGGAUCAGCCACUACAUGGAUGCGUGUUAAGAAGACAUAUUGGGAAUGUGUCAGAUGCAACAUACAAAUUUCCUGCACAGUUCACUCUUCAGGCAGGCCAAGUAGUCACAAUCUGGGGUGCAGCUGCUGGUGUAAGCCCAGGUCCUAGUGAUCUGGUCUGGAAGUCUCAGAAGUUUUGGGGAAGUGUGGAUAAUAUUGAUGUUACACUCAUCUCAGGUGAUGGUGAGGAACUCGCAGAGAGGAAGAUGAAGCAUGUACCCAGAGGAGAAGAAAGUGGUGAGCAAGAUGAUGAUUAUGAAGAAAUAACUGGAAGUGAAAUAGAGCUUCCCUCUCAGCAAAAUGAAGAGAGAAGCUGUUGUGUCAUGUAAUGUGGACAGAGAUGAUCUGAAAUCACAUCUUGGUUCCAGGUGACAGACUCAAGUGUUUUGGCAUCUUCUGCAACAUCUGAAGCUCACAUCUCCCAUCUGACAUCUUUGUAAGAAACAUUGUCCACAACAUGGUAUUUCCUACCUUCUGAUAGUGGGCCCUGUUCUUGGAUUCUCUGAUAUAAAGAGCAGUAGAACACAAACUCCAUGUGAAGUUAUUUACUUUGGCACAAGGAUUUGGUUUCCAUGACCUGCUGAAACAGGAGUGUACACAGUUUACAAAACUUUUUAGGAAAAAAAAAUAAUUCCCUACAAGGAUUCUAAAUACUUGAGAAUGAGCUUGCCUCAGCUUUCUUAGUAUUCUGAUAUGGUGUUUCUCCAAAGGUAAUUUCUAUUUAAAGCCUGAGUGAGGAAACUACAUGGGCCAGAUCACACCCUACCUUGCACCUUGAGCAAGUCUGAAUGUGGCUGAAGUAAAAUGAUCCUGAGGAGUGCUGAGUGUCUGAAGUGUCUUGAUCAGAUCCUGAUGCUGAAAUACAUGUAACUUGUCUAGAUCACUUUAGAGAACUUCCUAAAGUGCAACAUUUUAAAAUUAAAAGCAAGUUGUAAAAAUGUUCUCAUCUGUUAAAUGUACUGUUUCUCUAUUCUACCAGCUGGAGAUAGAUCAGUUUCAGUAUUGGAUAUUCCUAGAUAUACUGUAUCACAGCUUAGCUGUCUCAGAUGAAUUUGGACAGAUGUAUCCUGUAAAUGUGAAAAAGCAUCUCAUUCCAGCAGAAAAGGUACUGUAUCUAGCUGUUAGCACUCUAUUUGAAUGAUCCCAUCAAGCUGGCUUUCUAUGGGAUUGGGGAAAAAAUGCUGAAACAAAAAUCACAGCUAGAAAGCACUGUAUGUAGUACAAGGUGCAUCAAAAAUAUCUGCUCUUGAAAUCCUUAUGUAUUAAAUCUCUGUGCAGUCUGCAGUACUGCUUGGUGUAUGUCUAAUGGGGCAGCUGAGGGAAUACUGUCUAUUGGCCAGUAUGUAUUUACUGUCACUUUGUGUUACUCUGUAGUCCAUGUAAAGCCUGAUUUAUAAUCCAGGCAAUCAGACUCUGGGGCCACUGCAUUCAAUGAUUCUCAGUCUUCUUACUUAAAUGCUCACCCACUGGCUCUAUGGUAAAGAAUGGGCUUUGGUGACCCACACAAAGUACACUUCUUGGGAGCAUGAGGGGAACAGCUGUAGGGAGACAAGCAGCUGAGAUUCCAGAUUUCUCCACAUGCUGGAAUAGGUUUUUUGUCUGCCUCUUGCCUUGCCAAAGUAUUCAGUUCUGAAUUUAAGACCUGUUCUGUGUUAGGAUGCAGCUAAAUUAAUUUAAGCUAGUAUAUGAAAAGCCUUAUCUAAGUUAUUUUAAAAUUGUUUUUGAUAUAUCAGGACUAGAUGCUGGAUGCAUUUUAGCAGAUCUGAAUUCUUGUACCUUAUAGCCCUCAUAGAAAGAGAUGCUGCUAUAACCUUGCUCUAGUUAUCUUGAUAAAGUCUAAGUAAUAAAUAUAUUUUAUGUAUAUAAAAGCAGCCUUGGAGUUUAAUAUUUGCAGGUUAAAUAAAAUUGUUUGUUCAUUGAUCUUACUUGAGUGACUCUAAAGCCUCUGAAGCAAUAAAACUGCUGUCUUUAGGGAAGAUUUCUGCAGACUGAAGAAACCUUCAGCCAUACACUG